UUCUCCUUUCCUUGUAGUUUCCAAGAUGUGAAUAACCUACUAACACAUACAAGAUCUCAUCUAAAGUAGUCAUUAGGCUCGUUUUAAGCUCUGAGUAAAGAAAUCAACAUCUCUGGGUCCAUUUAUCUCAUUCUAGAGUAGAUGUUUAGGACAGGUACUUCAAAGGUGGAAAUCCUGCAGAUUUUUUCUUACUGCCAACAGCAAAGAAAAUCCAAGGUGGUAUUACUGAGAAAGGUUUCUCUGCUGUGAUUUUCUGAAAGGAAAUGAAAUGAAUCCUGCCAAUUCCUCUCUCUGCUCCACACACAUACUUCUGACCACCAUGCUUCUUCUUCCCCCUCUCCUGGUCUGUCUCUUCAAAGACACCUGAAAUACAUUUUCAAUUUUCAAGGAGCUGAUUGGUUAUUUUCUGCAUCUUUGAGGGUGUUAUAAAUAUUUGGGGCUCUUAAGAACUCCUUUAUAUGACUUUAUGAACAUGAUUAAUUUUUGUGGGUUAAAUCUCUGAGCAUGCAUGUUUAAUUUGUAGGCACCCAGUUACAAGGCUGGUAUUAAACGUCCGAUGGACCUCUCGACAGUUCUCUCUAAGAUUGACAUGCACCAGUACCUAACUGCAAGAGAUUUUCUAAAGGACAUCGAUCUAAUCCGUAGCAAUGCUUUAAAGUACAAACCAAACAGAGGGCCUGCAGAUCACCUGAGGCACAAAGCUUGCAUUUUGAGUGAUACUGCAUAUUCCAUAGUGAGGCACGAAAUGGAUGAAGGUUUUGAGCAACGCUGCCAAAGAAUUAAAGAAUCUCGUAAGGAAAGAGAUAAGUUGAAAAGAAAAUGGAAAAUGAAGGAAGACUCUUCAAGUAUCACAGUAAAGAGGGCGAAUGUUCAGUUUACAUCCUCCCAGGACAGUCCUAUGGAAGGACAUGAAAAUGUACUUCAAGGACAACAGAAGAAUGGGACAGAAAAUGAAAGUGAGAGAGAGACCCUUGUGGCUAAAUCCCCUGUUGAAGAAAAAAGUGUCAUGCUUCCUGAAUGUUCAGACUUAAGAGAGGAGAGUGAAAUGCCGGAUUGCCAAAUAUCUAAAACUUCUGAAGAUGCGGUUUUGAAUGAUUCACAAGUACAUCAUACAACUUAUGUGGGACAUUCUCAGGUGGAUGAGCAACCACGAGUAUGUGACGGGAAAGAAAAGAAUAUUCACACACGGGAGGUGUUUGUGAAUUACUCUGAGCUCAGACAAGUGCUGGAUUUGGUCAUUGUUGCAACUGAGAAUGUCAGUAUAUCUCGCAUGGAAAGACUAUAUGCUCUUCUUAGCCAGUGCAUUUACCGACAUCGGGAAGAUGAUGACAAAACUGAAUUAGUGAAGGCAAUGAAGAAAGAAAUUUCAACGUUAAGUUAUCUGUGAUACUUGACUUCAGUAUAUUCUAAUGCUGAUGUACUUCUCCCAAAUGGAAAAAUUAUGUUUAGUGUCUCAGUAAUUGCAGCAACUAUAGAACCAAGACUAGAAGAAAGAAACUUAUUUUUCCAUAUGAAGGAAGCCAGACAUAACCUCUGCCCUGACUAUGGAUCAUCCCCUUGCACACUGGGUGAAAGAGCCCACUUCAUGACAACAAUGUUUUCUUUCCACGGAAACAGCAUGAAAUUCUUCUAGAGGGUCCUGAUUCUGACUCCUGAUGUUGUCACAAAGAGUCCAAAUAUUUUUGUCACUGUAAGAUGUGAGAACUGAUUUUUUUUUCCUUUCAUUUCUUCCUCUUAUUUCUAGUGAAGAGAAGUGAGCUGGGAGUUUCUGGGUUCUGCACCUUGGACUCAAAAACCCUGUUUGUGUGUACAGACUGGAGAAUGAGGUGCUAAAAGCAGUUGCACCAAAAAGGACCUGGGUCCCGGUUGAUGGUUGAAUCUGAGUCAGCAGAUCCCUGGCAGCCAGGAGGGCCUGACCCUGGGGUGCAUCAGGCACAGCAUGGCCAACUGAGCAAGGGAG